AUGGUGUUCAGGCUUGACCCAUGUGGUGUUGCAUGCAUUCUGAUUACCCAGUUACUUGUAUUGUACUCCGACUAUGUCGUUGUCUUCUAUCUGGUACUACCAGUCCUGAAAACUAGCUUUUGGGCUAUAUUGAAUACCAUCUGCUUUAAUAUCGUGGCAUCUCUCCUGUUAUUUUCCCAUAUAUGUGCUGUUUUAACCGAUCCAGGACUGAUACCUCUAUACAGAUAUUCUGUAGAAUAUUUAAACACUGUCCAAAAACCCGAAGGAUGGACUACAUGUAAUAAAUGCGGCAUACAUCGACCGCCACGAGCGCAUCAUUGUCGCAUUUGUCGACGAUGUGUUAGAAGAAUGGAUCAUCACUGUCCAUGGAUCAAUAAUUGCGUCGGUGAAUGUAAUCAAAAGUUCUUUAUUCAAUUUCUGAUCUAUGUCGGUGUCCUUUGUUUAUACGCUCUAAUACUUGUUCUUAUAUGUCGUGCAAUGAUAUCAGCCAGUCUUAAAGAAGAUGUUCCUAAUACAGAUGUUGUUGUUGUAGCUCAUACAAUUGUUCUUGUGGCAAUAUCCUGUCUAUUUGGCUUGUUUAUUCUAGCUAUCUUAUCCGACCAGUACAAGUCGAUUGUUGAAGAUACAACAGCUGUUGAAGCCUGGCAGUUACGUGCUACUUCUCAUUCAUCAGAUACUGAAGCAUGUACACCAGCUGGUAAUGGUGGAUUUCGACGGAAAUUAUCCAAAUUAACUCUUUUUCGUGAAGUAUUUGGCAAUGGUCCAUUGUAUUCCUGGUUAAUACCAUGUGCAUAUAUUUUCAAGCCUUAUCCUAAGUAUUAUACUGCUGUUUCAAACACUAUUCAUAAUGUAAACUGCUCUGUCACAGCUCCAAUAAACGACGAGAUAAACACGUUUAGUUAUCAUUGUGAUGACGAUGAUGAUGCUAACAGCAAAUUGAUCCCAUCACAAACUCAUCUGAUCAAUAAUCAUCAACAUUCUAGCGGUGCUUAUCAUGAAAAACAUCUUUUCGCUACCACUAUCGAGACAGAUAGUUCUUCCGGUUCGUCAGCUAGUUAUUAA